CGAGUCCACGUUACAGACUACAGACCCACUUCAAAUCUGUUUAAAACCGUGUCACAAGGGGCCCCACGCGAUUCAUAGAGCAAAUCAAACUGUAUGUUAGAUUGUUUAAGCCAGUGGGGUCGUGUUACAAACACACACUCACACGCACGAGAAGAAAAGGAAAGAAAAAAAAAAAAAAAAGCAGGUUGGGUCUUGCGAACCUUUUAAUGCCAUCUCCGCCCCCGGUUUGAAGCGUCAGAGCACCAGCUCUCCCGGGGCUCUCCAGCGCACAGCCAGUCCUCACGCUCCUCCAAACUUUACGCACGGAUGUUCUCCUUUGGAAGUUGUGCAAACCUGAUUUCGAUGUGUUUCAGCCGAGCCGUGAUGUUCCAAAGAACUUUUCUACCUGGAGCCGUCCCAGACUCAUUUAAAUAGCCAUUUCAUUUCAUGUUUAAUUUUUUUCUCUUUGUUUUAUUUUUAUGUGAAUGUGUUCAUUCCGGUGGACAGAUGCUGUAAAUUGUGGAGAAAUAAAAAUGUCCGGUGCCUUAUUGAAGUGCCUAGUCUUGGCACUCCUGGUCAGCGUGCACAGACUCUUGGCAGACUCCUUGGUGCUCCCCCGGUUUGAGGAGGGAGAUGAAUCCAGUGACAGCGCCUCAACGCUGGCCUUUGUAUUCGAUGUUACUGGCUCUAUGUACGACGAUUUGAAACAGGUGAUAGAGGGGGCCUCACGGAUCCUGGAGAAGACCCUCAGCCGGAGGACCAGACCCAUCAAAAACUUUGUCCUGGUUCCCUUCCAUGACCCAGAUAUCGGCCCUGUGUCCAUCACCACUGACCCAAAGAAGUUCCAGCAGGAUCUGCAAGACUUGUUUGUCCAGGGUGGGGGCGACUGCCCUGAGAUGAGUAUAGGAGCUAUAAAGCAGGCCUUGGAGGUUUCACUGCCUGGAUCCUUCAUCUAUGUCUUCACUGAUGCCCGGGCCAAAGAUUACCGCCUGAAAAGAGACGUCCUACGGCUGGUGCAGCUCCGUCAAUCACAGGUUGUAUUUGUGUUGACCGGAGACUGCGGUGACCGCUCCCAGCCUGGUUACAGGGCGUACGAGGAGAUCGCCGCCACCUCCUCAGGACAAAUAUUUCACUUGGACAAGCAGCAGGUGAACGAGGUUUUAAAGUGGGUAGAAGAGACGGUUCAGGCCAUGAAAGUCCACCUGCUGUCCUCCAACCACGACAGUGCCCAGGAAAACAAGUGGGAAGUGCCCUUUGACCCCAGCCUCAGAGAGGUCACCGUCUCACUCAGCGGACCGGCGCCACAGAUCGAGCUCACUGACCCCUUUGGUCGGGUAGUUGGUGCUGAGCAGGGCCUUAAGGAACUGCUGAAUAUUCCAAACUCCGCUCGUGUCAUUAACCUGAAGUUUCCCAGGCCUGGAUUCUGGAAACUUAAGGUGAGCUGCAGUGGGCGCCAUACUCUGAGGGUUACUGGGGUCAGCAGUCUAGACUUCCGGGCCGGCUUUUCCACUUUGCCUGUUUCAGAGUUCAACCACACCAGGGAGAGACCAAUUAAAGGGCUUCCAACCCAUGUCAUGCUAAAAUGUACGGGCCUGAAGCCCCCAGGUUAUCUGAGCCAGGUGGAGCUCAUGUCAGUCUCAGGACGCUCCUUACGCACUAUCCCUGUUUCUCUGCCUACUGACCUGGGCCAACAGGGGCUAUGGACUCUUCCGGAGUUCCGCACCCCACCACAGAGCUUCUUCAUCAAGGUAACAGGCAAUGAUGAGGGUGGCUUCCGCUUCCACAGGCUGUCAAGUGUUUCCUACACCACUAUCAUUCCAGAUCCCCCAGUGGUGAGAAUGCCUAAUGUAGUGAAGGGCUUUUACAUGCAGCCUGCUGCCAUCGGUUGCUCGGUGCAGAGUGACAUUCCCUACAGACUAAGAUUCACCAGAAGUGGGAUCAUUCUGGAAGAGGAGAAACAUUUUCAGAAUUCUGCUGUAGCAUCUUGGGAGAUUGCACAUGCAUCCGGUGAGGAUGAGGGCACAUAUGAAUGUGUAGCACAGAGCAGUGCAGGACAAGGACGGGCUUCAACACAGCUUACUGUUCAAGAGCCUGCUCCAGUCUUGAAGCCUGCAGUGAACGUGACCUCCUCUGUGGGAGGCGUGGCCAUGCUGUCUUGUCAGGUGGAUGGUCACAUGCGUCACAACCUGACAUGGCAUCGAGCUGGUCAACCCAUCCAUGCCCGAGUAGGGAGGGUGAAGUUGCUGGCUGACUCGUCACUGCAAAUCAGUGGAGUUCGGGUUCAGGAUGCUGGAGCGUAUCAGUGCGAGGCCACCAACACCCACGGAGACAGCAGGAUCACAGUGUGGCUUCUUGUUCCAGAGGCUCCUUCUGUAGAAGUUCACCCCCAGACCCAAAUGUUCUCCCGAGGGGAUGAGGUUCGCUUUGUCUGCUCUACGUCCGGCUCCCCCCCUCCUCAGAUCAUCUGGAGCCAUGGAAAUAUGUUCCUAACUAAUCAGCCAAGGUUGACUCUAGACAAGGAUGGAGUUUUGACUAUUCAGAGAGCCCUUCCAGAGGAUGCUGGGGACUAUAUUUGUCUGGCAACCAAUGAAGCUGGAAGUGCCUCCCAGUCUGCAUCACUAACGUAUGCAGAGAUGCCAAGAAUAACGGUUACACAGCAAGUUGUGCUAGUAUCUGUUGGUAGUGAUGCAACCUUGGAGUGCCAAGCCACAGGCAUUCCUCCUCCCCUCAUCCACUGGUUCAAAGGUGAGCUUGAGGUGGGCUCUGCUCCUUUUGUAGAGCAGGAUGUGCACCGUGGGACCUUGCAAAUUCAAGGGGUGCAGAAAGUUGAUGCUGGUCAGUAUAACUGUGUGGCUAGCAGCUCUGCUGGAACCUCCACUGGCGCUGUUCAUCUGGAGGUUGGAGCGGGCCCAUUGUUUUCUGAGGCUCCGGCUGACAUGAGUGCUAACGUGGGGGAGAACAUCACUCUUCCAUGCAUUGCCCGAGGUUUCCCGCCGCCAACCGUAAGCUGGCACAGGAGGGAUGGCAGACAGUUUCUUGCAAGGACAGACGGUGGCAGCCGGACAAUGCAGACAGAGAAUGGCCAUCUUUUAAUUCAGAGUGUGUGGCUGCAUGACGAAGGCGUAUACAUCUGUGAAGCCAAGAACCAGUUCGGAACCAUUAAAGCUGAGGCCAGAGUUAGUGUCACUGGACUGGAGCCCCCUGUCCUAGCCCAAGCUCCACCAAUCAUCACCACAGGAGCUGGCCAGUCCCUUAGCAUCCCUUGCAUGUUGCUGGAUGGAAUACCUCUUCCAGAAAGACACUGGUCCAGAAAUGGAAGACCUGUCCAAGUGAAUGGGAGAAUGUUCAUAAGGAGUGAUGGCAGUUUGUACAUACAAAGAACCCUCCCAGAAGACACUGGGACAUAUGUUUGUACUGCAGUGAAUGUCGCAGGCUCCAUGAACAUUACAGUCAACUUGGAGAUCCAAGUGCCCCCAGAGAUCAGAGCUGGACCGUAUCAGUACAUAGCCAACGAGGGAGUAGCCAAAACACUGUCAUGUGAGGCCAGCGGAGUUCCCAAACCAGUUGUUGUCUGGUCCAAGGGAAGGCAGCCUCUGCACAGGGACAGCUCCUCUCUUCAUCCCGAUUCUGACGGAUACCUCCACAUCCCCCACCCCAUUUCUGAUGAUGCAGGCAUCUACAUCUGCACUGCCACCAGUCCUGUGGGAUAUGCUAGCCGAGAGAUCCAACUCAGUGUCAAUACUAUUCCAAAGAUAAUGGGCGUGAGUGGCCAUGACAAUAUCAUAAAGAUGGCUGCAGAGGUGGGGACUGAGGUGGUUCUACCCUGUGAGGCCCAGGGAAGUCCUUUUCCAUUGGUCACAUGGAGCCGAAAUGGGUACCCCAUCCCCCCUGUCACAGCUGGGUUCACCAUUUUGCCUUCAGGUUCUCUGAGGAUCACUGAUGUGCGUCUGAUUGAUAGUAGACUGUACACCUGCACUGCAGAAAACCCAGCAGGGAAUGUGUCCCUAAGCUAUAAUUUACACAUUCAAGCCAAGCCCAGAAUCCAGCCAGCACCAUCUAUCCUGAAAGCCAUGCUUGGUCAUACAGUGGCUCUGCCUUGUGUGGUCCAAGGAGAGCCGAGGCCUGAGAUCAGCUGGUUCCACAAUGGCCAGCGUGUUGGCAACAAGAACUCCACACCCCUAAGGAUCCAUCCGGUCGGCCUUGCUGACCAGGGCACGUACGAGUGUGUGGCCAAAAACAGUGCUGGAAAGGAGACAUUAGAGAUUAAGCUAGAGAUUCUUGAGGCCCCGUCCUUUGCAGAGCCUGGAGAUGCCAUCAUGGAGAAAGUAGUGAACAGCAAAGUUGUCAUCCCUUGUCAUGCUAAAGGUUCACCCCAUCCUAGGGUACGCUGGUUUAAGAAUGGCCUAGAGAUACAUCCAGAACAAUCUGAGUAUUCUGUGGUGAGGGAUGGAGCUCUUGUAAUUAGUGCAGCAUCUGCCAGCCACAGUGGAGACUUCAAGUGUGUGGCAACCAAUGAGGCAGGCUCAGUGGAGAGGAAGACUAGGCUAAAAGUAAACGUUCCUCCAGAGAUCCAGGAUGAUGGCCAGCCACUGAACCUUACCGUUACCUUGAAGCAUCCCCUCACUUUGGGAUGUGAUGCUUUUGGCAUCCCCGCCCCACUGAUAACUUGGACUAAAGAUGGUCAUGCUGUGGACAGCCCUGGUGUGUAUCUGCAGAACGGGAACAGACUGCUCAGAAUCUACAAAGUUCAGCAUGAACACGCAGGUCAAUUUGCCUGCACAGCUCAUAACUCAGCUGGAGAGGCAAGACGACAAUACAACAUCGUGGUGCAAGCUCCUCCAGUGAUCUCAGGAGCAUCCCGACUUCAGGAGCUAACUGUGGUGCAGGGUCAGGAGGUGGAGUUUCAGUGUCGGGUUAGCGGGCGACCAGCACCAAGAGUGGAAUGGAGCCGUGAUGGAGAGGUUCUGUCCCCUGAUGGAGACCCUCACGUGGUGUUUCUGGAAGAUGGCCAGGUCCUAAAGGUGAAAUCAGUCAGACUGAGGGACCAGGGCCUUUACCAGUGUCUGGCCAGGAACAGUGCAGGAACUCAAAUGCGUCAGUUCAGACUCACAGUUCAAGCUCCACCCAUCAUCAAGGGCACAAAUGAAACUUCAAAGGUGUCAGUUGUACUGGGUUUCCCCACAGUCCUCUCCUGUAAUACUGAGGGUUCACCUUCACCCAUCAUCACAUGGCUGAAGGAUGGUCAGCCCAUCGUGUCCACCCCUCAGCUGACGUACACCCACGGUGGGCAGGCUCUGCGCCUGAGCUCAGCACAGGGAGACAGCGGUGGUCUUUUCACAUGCAGGGCCACAAAUCCAGCAGGAACAGCCAUUAAGCAUUACUCUCUCAGUGUUCUGGUCCCACCAAGGAUAGAAGGAGACUCCUCAUCCUUCACAUUUUCUGGCCAGGAAAGGAAGGUGCGGAUAAACGGAAGUUUGACUCUGUCCUGCUUGGCCAAAGGUUUUCCUGAACCCAAAGUUCAGUGGUUUAAAGAUGGACAGUUGCUGACUGGAAACUAUCAGGCUGGAAUUCAGGAGAGUGGUUACCUCCUCCACAUAGAGAAUGCCGUUCUUUCCCAUGAAGGACAAUACACUUGUGUGGUGUCCAACUCUGCUGGAGAGGAUAAGAGAGACUUUCGCAUCACUGUUCAAGUUCCACCAAUCCUCCAGCGGGUGACAAACAGGGAAGCAGCGUGGGGUUUGGGACAUGAAGGGGACAAUGAGGACAGGGUGGAAAAGCAGCACAUUGCCUUAGGUCACUCAGUCAGUCUGUCCUGUGAGAGCAAUGCCAUCCCACCACCAAAUCUCAGCUGGUACAAGGAUGGAAGAAAACUCACCUCUGCUGACGGAGUGAUGCUGCAACCAGGAGGACAGGUGCUACAUAUCCCACGUGUGCAACAGGAGGACAGUGGAAAGUACACGUGCCAAGCUGUAAAUGAGGCCGGAGAGGAUCACAUGCAUUUUGAACUGGAGGUCCUCAUUCCUCCUGUUAUAAUGGGAGCAUCAGAUGAGUUUGUGGAGGAAAUGGGAGCAGUGGUGAACAGCACUGUGGUUCUACACUGUGACGCAACUGGACACCCCCCUCCUGUGAUCUCCUGGCUGAGAGAUGGCCAGCCAGUGCACACAGACUUGCAGCACCACAUCAGCAAGGAUGGAACACAACUUCAGCUUCUCAGUGUGCAGGUUUCAGACAUGGCUGACUAUCUGUGUGUGGCUGAAAAUAAGGUUGGAACAGUUGAGAAGCAUUUCAAUCUAGCAGUUCAAGUGCCUCCUAGAAUAACUGGUCCUAAAGAGGAGGAGGUGAGCGUGAUUGGGGGCCUUAUGAUGUCAUUGCUGUGUGAUGUCCAAGCGUACCCUCCCCCAGAGAUUACCUGGACCAAGGAUGGGCAGGUUCUCCAUUUUAGCACCACAGUUCACAUUCUGCCAGGUGGCCAGAUGUUACAGUUGCCUCGGGCGAGACUGGAAGAUGCAGGUCAAUAUGUGUGCACAGCCAGCAACUCAGCAGGGCAGGACCAGAAGAGCUUUCUCCUCAGUGUUUAUGUCGCGCCCUCCCUGAAACCUCGGCAUGAUGCUGGGACUGAUGAUGUGACCCCUCAAGUUGGCUCUUCAGUCAUCCUGCGAUGUGAGGCUAAUGGUGUUCCUGAGCCAGAGGUCACAUGGUACAAGAAUGGGCGGCAAUUGGCUGCAGGGAAUGGGCUGAAGAUAAAUGAUCACCAGCUGGAGAUCAUAGGAGUUCAGACUACAGAUGGUGGUAUAUACACAUGCAAAGUGUCCAAUGUGGCUGGACAGGUGGACAGGACAUUCAAGCUGACAGUUCAUGUUCCACCGGUGCUUGAUGGGCCUCAACGUGAGUCUGUCAAUUACACCCUGGGCUCCCAUGUAGCCCUGCUUUGUGAAGCCACAGGAGUGCCUGUCCCCAGCAUCACUUGGCUGAAAGAUGGAACUCCUAUAGAAAGCAGUCUACAGUGGCAGUGGUCUGUUCGAGGUAACAGGCUGGAGCUGGGCCCCCUCACUCUGUCUCAUGCUGGGAUGUACACAUGUCUGGUAAAGAGCAGCGAAGGACAAACACAGAAAGACUACGUACUCACAGUGCUAGUAUCGCCCACCAUCCUGAACUUUGACCAAGCAUCUGAUGUGAGUGGACUUGUGGGAGAGGAGCUGACCCUUGACUGCAGAGCAAAUGGAAUCCCCACACCCCGCCUCGGCUGGCUGAAAGAUGGAGAAUCUUUAGAGGGAUCGGACACACAUCUCAUCUCUUUGACCCCUGGUGGCAGCACACUAACUGUAAGGAGGCUGAGGCCUGAGGAUUCUGGGACAUACACAUGCUUGGCUGUCAACACCGCAGGCCAGGAAAGCAAAAUCUACACACUUGUUGUUUUAGUCCCACCAUCUAUUUCUGGUGAGACCACCGUCCCCAGAGAGGUGCAGGUGACUCAGGACAGCAUUGUGACUCUGGAGUGUCACGCAGAGGGAAACCCUCCACCUCAUAUCAGCUGGCUGAAGAACAGCCAUCCAUUGCUGCUCUCUCCUCGCACACGCCUUCUCUCUGGUGACUCUUUACUGAGGAUUGCUCCUGUGCAACAAUCUGACGCGGGGGUUUAUACAUGUGUGGCACGGAGUCAAGCUGGCCUUGCUGAGAUCAACUAUGAUGUGCAAGUCCAAGUGCCCCCUGGUGUCGAUCAUGUUGAACCAGUGGAGCCAGUUAAAGUAGUCCAGGGAUCCUUGGUGACUUUAACCUGUGAAGCACGUGGGUUUCCCCUUCCCACACUGACCUGGAUGAAGGAUGGACAGCCGCUGUCUUUACACAGAAACCUGUUGCUGGAUGGACAGGAGACGCAGCUGCAGCUGCCUGAUGUGACUCGUUCUGAUGAAGGCUUAUACAGUUGUGUGGCCAGUAACCAGGCGGGAAGCACCACCAAAAGCUUUAACCUCACCGUGCUUGAGCCUCCAAAGAUUUCCCACUCCAGCUCUCCGGAAGAGCUGACCAUACCAGUAAACAGUCCACUUGAGCUGGAGUGCUCGGCUGUGGGUGUCCCACCUCCCACCAUCAGCUGGCUGAAGGAUGGUCGCCCUCUGGAGGGAGCUGCCAUCAUUCAGCAGGAUGGACACAUUUUCCGGAUCAGUAAAGUUCAGGUCGAGGAUGCAGGUCUGUACACUUGCUUGGCCAGCAGCCUUGCUGGAGAGGAUGGAAAAAAUCACUGGGUCCGAGUCCAAGUCCCACCGACACUCCUUGGUUCUGGUGAGGUGAAGACUGUGACCAUGCCAUUUAAUGGACAUCUGACCUUAGAGUGCCUGGCUGACAGUGAGCCCCCUCCAGAUAUAGAGUGGUACAAGGAUGAUGCCAAGCUGCAGCUCGGUGGUCGUAUCCAAAGGCUGGCAGGAGGUCAGUACCUGGAGAUUCAGGAGGUGAAGCCUGAGGACAGUGGCCAUUACAGCUGUGUAGUUACUAACAUGGCUGGAAGCACUAGUCUCUUCUUCACAGUGGAGAUUCUCUUGCCACCAGUAAUAAAGGAAAGCAGCUCCUUAGUAACAGUUCAUAUUGGCCAGGAUGUGGUUUUACCUUGUGAAGUUGAAGGUGAUUCCUCACCUGCAGUCAUGUGGAGGAAAGAUGGCUUCCCUGUGCCUAAAGAUACCAAAAAAUACACAAUGUUAUCUGAGGGCUCCCUGCAUAUACAUGGGGCUCAACCAAUUGAAGCUGGUCGCUACUACUGCACAGUGUCCAACCAGGCUGGCUCAGAUCACCACGCAACAGAUCUUCGUGUAUUUGUGGGUCCGUCUAUCAGUCCAGGUCCAUUUAAUGUGACAGUAACCAUUGGAAGUAGAGCUGUGCUUAAUUGUGAGACCACAGGCAUACCACCACCUAAAAUAUCCUGGAAGAGGAAUGGUACUCCACUUGACAUUAACCAGCAACCUGGUGCAUACAGGUUACUAUCUUCUGGGUCUCUUGUUCUAUUGUCUCCAUCUGAUGAAGAUAAAGGUUAUUUUGAGUGCACAGCUUUCAACGAUGUUGGAGAGGAGCGCAGGGUCAUCGAAGUCAUCCUCCAAGUCCCACCUUCUAUUGUGGAUGACGUCACAACAGUGAAGGCUGCGAAAAUGUCUCCUGUGGUGUUGCCUUGUCAUGUACAAGGACUGCCUCAACCCACUGUGACCUGGACGAAGGGAGGAGCCAUGCUGGGCACCAGGGGAGGAAGUUAUCGGGUCCUUCCCACUGGGGUGUUGGAGAUAACAGCUGCUUUGCCGAGUCAUGCUGGCAAAUACACAUGCUCAGCCCGAAACCCAGCUGGAGUGGCUCACAAGCAUAUCUCUCUGACCAUACAAGAACCACCAGAGAUCAGGCCAAUGGCAGAGGAAGUACAGGUACUGUUGAAUCAUGGAACUGUUCUUCCCUGUGAGGUUCAAGGAUUCCCCAGACCAACGAUAACUUGGCAGAGAGAAGGAGUUCCUAUAGCAGCUGGUCACAGGCUGGCUGUGCUCUCAAAUGGAGCUCUGAAGUUCUCUCGUGUGACUCUUGGAGAUGCUGGGACCUACCAGUGCCUGGCAAAGAAUGAGGCUGGUGUAGCUGUAGCAAGAACCAAACUGAUUCUUCAAGUUCCACCGGUUCUGAGUGUGCCUCAAACUGAUUACACUGCUGUCUUAGGCCAGUCAGUCAGUCUGGAGUGUGUGGCUGAUGGUCAGCCUCAACCUGAAGUUACUUGGCAUAAAGAGAGGAGGCCUGUGGUUGACAGUGGUCAUAUGCGCAUCUUUGCCAAUGGAACUUUGGCAAUUACUUCCACACAGCGGAGUGAUGCAGGGAUCUACACGUGUACAGCUAAAAACCUGGCUGGCAGAGCUAGCCAUGAUAUGAGGCUAAUUGUUCAAGUUCCACCCAUGAUACAGCCAGCACAGACUGAGCUGUCAGUCAUUCAGGGGUUUCAGGCUCUACUACCAUGUGCAGCUCAGGGUUUACCAGAACCCAGAGUGCUAUGGGAGAAGGAUGGUGCUACUGUCCCAAACCUGCUUGGCAAAUUCACCACCCUACGAUCUGGAGAGCUGAUUAUCGAGAGGGCAGAGCUGGGAGAUGCUGGUAUAUUCACUUGCGUGGCCACCAACCCCGCGGGCUCUGUGAGACGAGACAUCCGCCUGUCCAUCAACUCCCGGCCUGUCUUUAAAGAGCUGCCAGGUGAUGUAACCCUGAACAAAGGCCAGAGUCUGGCAUUAUUUUGCCAUGCUCAAGGAACACCUCCUCCCACCAUCUCCUGGACGACCAACAACAAGCCCUAUAGAGGAGCCAUUAUAGAUGAGGCAGGGAGGAGCUCCAUCCUCACUGAGAAUGUGACUUUGAAUGAUGCUGGGACCUACGUGUGUUUAGCAGAGAACAGUGUGGGCUCCAUCAGAGCACUGUCAUUUGUCCGUAUCAGAGAGCCUCCAGUGUUAAAGGGUGAAGCCCACAUGUCUCAGACAGUUGUCCAUGGUGGCGCUGCAAUUCUCAACUGUCCAGUUCAUGGAGAUCCCAGCCCUAUCCUCCGCUGGCUAAGAAAUGGGAAGCCCUUACACCGCCUUCUCCGAAUGCAAACGUUCCACAAUGGAUCUUUGGUCAUUUACAGCAUCACUGCUGCAGAUGAAGGAGAAUAUCAGUGUGUGGCAGAAAGUGAGGCUGGAACAGCUGAGAGGACCAUUACUCUCAAGGUUCAGAUUCAUGGAGGUUACUCCAGCUGGGGGGAAUGGGGUCCAUGCAGCAGUACAUGUGGCCAAGGUUUUCAAGAACGAAUCAGAUUGUGCAACAAUCCAGCACCAGCAAAUGGAGGCCGCACCUGCAGCGGUCCAAGCACCGACUCAAGGAAAUGUCAGACUGGUUUGUGUCCAGGUGAGGUUCCACACAAGACUAGAGGCAGUCUGAUAGGGAUGGUGAAUGACAGAGAAUUUGGUGUGUCCUUCCUGGAGGCCAACAUUACAGACAACGAGGAACAAGGCACAAGCACUCUGGAGGCACGUCUGGACAACAUCCCUCCCACUGUGGGUCCCUUGCUGAAGGUUCUGGUGUCUGUUUUCACUCCCAUCUAUUGGACCACUGUGCUUCAAAGCAGAGCCACCAGAAAUGGGUUCUCCUUUACACAGGGCCACUUCAGACAGGAGUCUCAGCUGGAGUUUGAGACUGGAGAGGUUCUCCGUCUGACCCAUGUUGCCAGGGGAUUGGACUCUGAGGGAGUUCUGCUGAUUGACAUUGUAAUGAACGGCUUUAUUCCUCCAUCAUUAUCAUCAUCUAAUCUGGGCCUUCAGGACUUUGAUGAGUCAUAUGUGCAGACGGGCCAAGGACAGCUGUACUCAUGGUCAUCGCAGACCCACCAGAGAGGAGGCAGCCCCAUGGGGCUGCGCUGUAAUCACACCAUCAUUUAUGAGGGCCAGGAGGAGCGCCAAGGCCCUGUACUUCAGCUGCUCAAGGUUUCCGGAAUAAACAGUGUCUACAACAUAUUUACUCUUAGUUUGGACUUCCAGAUCACUACCAGCCUCCUCGUACCAGAUGGUUAUGAAGACACAUGCCCAAAAGGCUUCACUGUUGACACAGCCUCCUACUGUGCUGAUGAAGACGAGUGUGUGCCGCAGUCUCCCUGCUCUCAUUCAUGCAACAACAUCAUGGGAGGGUUUACCUGUGUCUGUCCUUCUGGCUUCACUAUCUCUACAGAGACCAACACAUGCCACGAUAUUGAUGAGUGCUCCCAGGGCUCCCACAUGUGCCACUACAAUCAGCAGUGUGUCAACACAGUAGGCACAUACCGCUGCCAGGCCAGGUGUGGACCAGGAUAUAAACCCAGUAUCACAGGAACCAGCUGUGAAGAUGUGGAUGAGUGCCAGGAGUCUGUUAUCUCCCCGUGCCACCAUAAGUGCCUCAACACUUUGGGUUCCUACCGUUGUAUCUGUCAUCUUGGAUACCAGCUGUCAGGACAUCGCUGCAUUGACAUCAACGAGUGCAUGAGAAAUGUGUGCCCAACGCAUCAGCAGUGCCGCAACACCGAUGGAGGAUAUCAGUGUUUUGACAGUUGCCCGCCUGGAAUGACCAUGGCAGAGAAUGGAGCCUGUGUAGAUAUUGACGAGUGCCAGAACGGGAGUCACAUGUGUCGCUACAGUCAGAUCUGUCAGAACACAGUCGGGGGGUACGGAUGCGUUUGUCCCAGAGGUUACAGAUCUCAGGGAGUUGGACUUCCAUGUCUAGACAUUGAUGAAUGCUUGCAAACACCAAAUCCUUGUGCGCACCAGUGCCGUAACGUACCUGGCAGCUUCAGGUGUCUGUGCCCUCCUGGGACUCUGCUGUUGGGGGAUGGACGCUCCUGUGCAGGGCUUGAGCGAGGGCAGAUCUUCACCAAUGGCACCAGAAUCAGCGCAAGACUCCGCCCACAGCUGGUGUCAUCCCAUGGCAGGCCAAUCUUAUCUCGCUCUAACGGAGUAUCUCGCAUUACCAGGCAGAGCUGUCCUGUGGGCUACACCAGCAGAGAUGGGUCGUGUGUGGAUGUGGAUGAGUGUUUGUUGAAGAAGCCAUGCCAACAUGAAUGCAGAAAUACAAUUGGCAGCUUUCAUUGUCUGUGUCCCCCGGGUUACAAACUUCUGCCCAAUGGCAGGAGCUGUAAAGACAUUGAUGAGUGCGUUGAACAAGGAAUUCAGUGUGGACACAGUCAGAUGUGCUUUAAUACCAGAGGGGGAUACCAGUGUCUGGAUACGCCCUGCCCUGCUUCCUACCAAAGUGGAGGACGUCCUGGGACCUGUUUUAGGCCCUGCUCCCUGGACUGCACCACGGGAGGCUCUCCUCUGCUCCUGCAGUACAAGCUGCUCACUCUUCCCUCUGGCAUACCGCUCAAUCACAACGUAGUACGACUGUCAGCAUUCUCAGAGUCAGGCAUCUUGCAAGAGCGUACCUCCUUCACUAUACUUGAGCAAGAAUCGGUUACGGGUAUGGUGGGCCGAGUGUUUGACAUCAAAGACGAGGCUGGUAGGGGGAUCAUCUUCACUCGACGGGUCCUGGAUAGACCUGGACUUGUAAGGCUUAAGGUGCAGGCCACCACCAUCUCAGAACAAGGUCGCAUAACAUACCAGAGCAUCUUCAUCAUCUACAUCUCCAUCUCAGCAUACCCCUACUGAGCUCACUUGUUGCUCAACAGAUGACUCUAUCCUCCCCAGCACAAAUAAGACCAAAUAAAGAAACUCUAUUUCAGUUUUUUUUAGCACCCCUGUAAAAAAAAAAAAGACAUUGCUUUAUUGUCAACAUCAGAGAAAGCUGUCAUGUGAUUACGGAGCUGAGCAUUCUGUAGUGAAGAUGUCUGCUAAGUGCCCUAAUGGGAAGGAAGUGACACUUUCAUAUUCUUUAACAUGCAAAUCCAAAGGAAAAUGCUAAAAAAUAGAAUGGAAACCUACCAGUAACAUCGUCUGGUCUCCAUUUACAAUCUAGAGGGUUUUUUCCUCCAGAAUGUUCUGUAAUCCAUUGUUUAGUGUUUGAUUCUUAUGUUGAAAAUCCAAGUUUGGUACAUAGAUAUUUUUAUAGUUUGCACUUGAAAGUACGAGUAAACAGCAAAUUUUUCCACAGCUAUGAAAUUGUUUAAUAUCCCCCUCAUAUUAUUUAUUUAACUCAUUUGAAAAGAGGACUCCGUUAAACAAAUCUUAGCAACAUGGAGUUUAAGGUGUCAUAGAUCUACUGGUGUACUGGCACAUUGUAAACAGUCCUAUAUGAUUUUAUACUCCUUUUUGUUAGAUUUGUCCUGUCAGAAGGUGCUAUUUUGAAUGUCACUGAGGUGUUUUCAGUUUGUGUGAUUGGAGCUGGUGUAAAGGAAAAAGGCUGUUCUUAAAAAAAAAUAAUCAAGACAUGCCUUUCAGCAUUUGUAUCUUGAGAUAAACCUCAGCAGAUUAAUACUUUCCUGAUAAACACUAGUUUAGCAGUAAUGUCCUUUUUCCACCGGCUCUUUUUAUAUGGCACAGCUCCACUCCACUCGGUCUCUCUGUACUCAGCACAGAACCUGUUCUGUUUCCAUUGACCCACUGACGGCUGGAGCUACGGCGACUGAAGCCCCGCCUCCAGCUUUCAGUGUAGUGCGCUGUGCCGCUAUUAAUGUUGCUGUGACAUUGUCACAUUUAAGUAAUCUGUGUAAAACUAUAAAAAAAUUGAAAAUAAAAACAUAAACAAAA